CUGUAGGAUGUCACUCGGUUGUGUAUAAAAACAUCAGUUCAGACCUGAAACCUCCAAGAAAAGUUAAAAGAGAACUAGUGAGACGAACUUUUGAUUUCGGAGGUGAGAGCAGAACGGAUGUGCCAGGCAAUUUUGCACCUGCUGAUCUUGAUGACACUCAGCUGUCACUCUUUGGCUGAAAAUGAGACGAAUGCCACCUGUCCAGAACACCAAAGGGAUUUCAGGGGCUCUUGCUUUGAAUUUGUGGGUAUCCGGCGCUCUUUUUUCAGUGCUCAAGCCUGGUGUGAGGGGAAUGGAGGACACCUUGCUUUUAUCCCUGACAAGGACACCCAGUACUUCCUUGAGAGACACAUGGACACUAAGGAAGACUUUUGGUUUGGAGUGGCACCAUCUGCUGAAGGUCAUCUCUCUUGGCUCGAUGGUUCACCUCUCACAUAUUCAAAGUGGGUGAGCAGUCCAGAGCCUGGAGCAGCUUGUGGCUACAUCCUGAGAAACUCGGGUUUUCACUGGGAGGCCAGAAACAACUGCACCAAAAACCGGAGUUUCAUUUGCCAGUUUGAGUCUGGGAGAACCAUUGUGUGUGAGGGUCGUAACACCACUCUGCAGUGUGGUUCGGGUCAGGUGUUAAUGAUAGACGGUGGCUUCUACGGUCGUAAGAGUAUUCAUUACUGUCGAUCCAAGUUCCCUCCACCAGCAUCCCCACAACAUGAGUGCGGCUGGGCGGACGCUGUAGAAUCAAUUACAGCUCGUUGCCACGGCCGACAGGUCUGCCAGAUCGCUGAAGUUGCGAACUCCUUUGCUGACCCUUGUCCUCAGCUGAAGAGCUACCUGUCUGUAGACUACCACUGCAAAGACGGGCUCGCACUGUCAGUGAAUCCCACCGCUGUGGUUCUUGGUGACGUCAGAAUUCACGUGAAGUGGCUUUUACAUUCACCCCUGACAAACCUUAGCUGCAGAGUGAACACGGGAGAUGGCCAUGUAAUUUAUUUGAACAAUCCAAAAGGGUUGGAGAACAGUGUGGUGCACAAAUACACUCAUCCAAGUACCUUUAUUGUGGCAGCUGAAUGCACUUGCAGUGAAAUGCACAUUACAGCUCAGAAAAUAAUUACCAUUCAAGAGCCUGUUGCAGAGAUCGGUGUUAUCAAGUGCUAUGCUGGAAACCUGUCUUUUUCUGAAACCAACUGCAAAGCCCUGUAUGGAGAAGCCUUUCACAUUCAAAUGGAAGUAAAAGCAGGUACGAAUGUGACCUACAGAAUCGAAAGUGAUGAAAAGUCGUUGUCCGGUUUAUCUGUGAUCGGAGGAACUGAACCCCAGAACAUCACAGUAACAUCAGAAAUGGUGACACGGCUCGGGUCUGGCUGCCACCGCCUGACACUUUAUGCGUCUAACACGGUCACAUUCCUUGAAGUGUCCAAAGACCUGCAGGUGUGUGUUCUGGAGAAAAUAGUUGGACUUCAGGCCUCUGUGUUGACAGCGAGCGAUGAAUGUUUAGAUUCCCCAUUUAUUACUUUUGGUGUUUCCCUUGUACGAGGAGAGCCUGUGUUGCUCUUGUUUUCACUGACUGGAGACAAUGGCUUGUUCACUGAAACCAGAAAAAUGAACACAAAAAAGGAAAUGUUUCACAUUAAACGACCAGUUCAAGGAUCUAUAGAAGUAAAACUCAGAGCCUGGAACAUCUUCUCCUCUCUUGAAGUGGUGCUGGAUAUGUCUGCUUCCUGUGAUAACGAUAAACAUAGUGACCAAAAUGAUAUUUUGUUUGGAAUUAACAACAGACAGAGGAAGAAACAUGUUAGAGUUGGCAGAGCUGGUGGUUCGAGCGGAGGACCAGGUAGUUCUAGCGGAGGACCGGGUGGUUCAAGCGGAGGACCGGGUAGUUCUAGCGGAGGACCGGGUGGUUCUAGCGGAGGACCGGGUGGUUCAAGCGGAGGACCGGGUAGUUCUAGCGGAGGACCGGGUGGUUCUAGCGGAGGACCGGGUAGUUCUAGCGGAGGACCAGGUGGUUCAAGCGGCGGACCGGGUAGUUCUAGCGGAGGACCGGGUGGUUCUAGCGGAGGACCGGGUGGUUCAAGUGGAGGACCAGGAGGGUCAAGCGGAGGACCGGGAGGAUCAAGUGGAGGACCGGGAGGGUCAAGCGGAGGAGCAGGUGGUUCUAGCGGAGGACCGGGUGGUUCUAGCGGAGGACCGGGUAGUUCUAGCGGAGGACCGGGUGGUUCAAGCGGAGGACCGGGUGGGUCAAGCGGAGGAGCGGGUGGUUCUAGCGGAGGACCGGGUUGUUCAAGCGGAGGAGCAGGUGGUUCUAGCGGAGGACCGGGAGGAUCAAGCGGAGGACCGGGAGGGUCAAGCGGCGGACCGGGUGGGUCAAGCGGAGGAGCAGGUAGUUCUAGCGGAGGAACGGGAGGGUCAAGUGGCGGACCGGGUGGGUCAAGCGGAGGAGCGGGUGGUUCUAGCGGAGGACCGGGUUGUUCAAGCGGAGGACCGGGUGGUUCAAGCGGAGGACCAGGAGGGUCAAGCGGAGGAGCAGGUAGUUCUAGCGGAGGACCAGGUGGUUCAAGCGGCGGACCGGGUGGGUCAAGCGGAGGAGCAGGUGGUUCUAGCGGAGGACCGGCAGGGUCAAGCGGAGGAGCGGGUGGUUCAAGCGGAGGAGCGGGUGGUUCUAGCGGAGGACCGGGUGGUUCAAGCGGAGGACCGGGUGGUUCUAGCGGAACAUCGCCAUCAUCUACAGUGAAUCCAACCACCAAAAACCCAGGUGGCUCCAGCAGCUUGUCAUGUAGCAUAUCGCCACAGAGUGGAACAAUCCUUGAUGCUUUUGAUAUAAGUUGCAACACUGAAAAUCCCUGCUCUAACUGUCAGUAUUGUUUCAGCACUCAGAGUAAGACUCUGCGAUGCAGUCAGAGCAAUGAAGCAAAAUCCAUCUUCCUUCCUCGUGGAGACAGCAAUUCUAACUACAACCUGAAUAUAUUGGCAACUGCAACGAGUGGAGCUCAAACAGUACUCAGCACCACUAUAACUGCACAGGUUAUGGAUUCAACUUUGAGCUCAAGCUCAGUAGAGAACGUUGUUGAUCAGCUAAAGGCAGAAGGCCAGCUGUCACCAGAAGUCGCUGGACAACUCUUCAGUUCAGUGGCCAAUAAACUUAACAGCCAAUCUGAUCCUGCAGGACAAGCGGAUAGGCAAAAGCUUCGACAGAAGAUGCUGGACAUAAUGAUUGCUGUAGUAAAUGACAAUCUCACCAAAAGUCCACAAGACAUUCAGGCAUUAGCCACAGCACUUGCUUCUCUCAUCAAGAAAGGCACUGAAAUCAAUACGUCAGCACAGGAAGGGGCCGCGUCAUUGUUCGCAAACCUGAGUUCAUCUCUCCUCCACAUGGAUCUAAACGCAACUGAAGUCUUUGCCACAGCCAACAAUAUUGUGGAGGGCAUAAGCAACAUGCUCGACUAUUGUCCUAGCAAAAACACCUCAGAUGGCCUUCUUGGUGCCCUGUUCAAUAUACAGAGUGCGAUGUUGUCCUUUGUGGAGCUCAAUGAGGACUCAAGUAUAAUUCAGCAAACCCACGUUAAAGUACUUGUCAGAAGAGUUUUACCAGCAGUCUUGUACACAGGCUCAGUAAAUAUUACCAACUGUACCUGCAUCACAUUUUCUCUCCCACAACUACCCUCUACCAUACUUCCUUCAGACAAACCAGUGGAUGUGCGAAUGCUGAACUUAGAUGUAAACCCAUUUUGUUGGAAGGUGGGAUGGGACAUCAGCAGAUUCGUAGGUUCUUUAUCCCUCACAACGAAAGAAGGGUCUGUUAUCCCUGUGGAGAACUUAAGUGAGGAUAUUCAGGUCGUGUUUCCACGGUUUGCUGGAGAACAAGUGAACACCACUAUUCUGGACUUGGGGAACUUCAGCACAACGGUUAUUGAUAUUCCUUCAGCGAAUUCUACCCUGGUGCUAAAGAUGAUGCCUUCAAAGGUUCCUUUACCCUUCAAAGUCCUCCUUGGUUAUAAUGACUACCCUACUGAGACGAAUUAUGUAGCGGCAACAGAGAUGCCUCAGCAGGGAGCCACACAAGAGGAGAAAUACACAUGGCUCCUGCACCCUGAGGAUUUAAAGGGAAACACUGGAGUGCAUUAUCUUGUUGUGAGACCCAUAGUGGGCCCAGGUAUAAAAUCUAUCAAUGCCAGUUUAUCAAUUACGCCCAUCACAACCUCAUGUAAAUUUUGGAAUGAAUCACUACUGGACUGGAGCAAUUCUGGAUGCAGAGUUGGUGCCAAUACCACGCAUUUAGAAACCCAGUGCCUCUGCAACCACCUCACCUUCUUUGGGAACUCCUUCUUUGUCACUCCCAACCUUGUCGACCCGUCACGCACUGCUGAGCUAUUCGCAACCUUUGCCAAUAAUCCUGUGGUUGUGUGCUUCGUCGCGGCACUCUUUUUGGCAUAUCUCUUGGUCCUUGUGUGGGCAAGACGAAAAGAUAUUCAAGACACAGUCAAGGUAAAGGUGACAGAGCUGGAGGACAAUGAUCCAAUGGAUGAGUAUCGCUACCUGUUGAGUGUCUGUACCGGGCAUCGUAUAGGAGCCUCCACUUCCUCUCAGGUAACAGUUACUCUGCUGGGUACAGAAGGACACAGCGAGCCUCACCACUUGACAGAUUCAAAGAAACGUGUGUUUGAAAGGGGAGCAGUGGAUAUGUUCCUGCUAACUACGCCCUUCUCCCUGGGAGACCUGCAGGGCAUCAGACUAUGGCACAACAACUCUGGAAGCCAUCCUGCCUGGUACGUAGGCAAUGUCAUGGUGCAGGAUUUACAGACAGAGGAGAAAUGGCAUUUUCUAUGUAAUUCCUGGCUGUCGGUAGACAUUGAUGACUGUUCCCUCGAUAAAAUAUUUCCUGCUGCAUCAGAGAUGGAUCUAAAGAGGUUCAGUAAUUUGUUCUUCACAAAGACAACAAAGGAUUUCAAAGACGGACACCUCUGGAUUUCAGUGAUCAGUCGACCACCGAGCAGCCACUUCACCCGUGUGCAGAGAGUGUCCUGCUGUUUCUCUCUGCUGCUCUGUACCAUGUUGACCAGUAUCAUGUUUUAUGGGAUCCCAACAGACCCCUCGCAGCAAGUAAUGGACCUAGGAAGUUUUGAGUUUACUUGGCAGCAGUUCAUGAUUGGAGUUCAGAGUUCCCUCAUCAUGUUUCCUGUAAAUAUCCUCAUAGUCAGUAUUUUCAGAUUCACUCGUCCUCGGGAGUUUUCUUGUUGCCAUCGCAAAAAAAAGAAAAAGAACACACAAGAUUCUUCUGCCACAACAGACAUGACUAACAGUGUGUCUUUAGAUGUUAUCAUUAAGGACAUCACAAGAAUUGCCCACUCGCUCUCUAAGACGAUAAAAAGCAACGUCACAUGCAAGGAGUUUAAGUUUGUACCUGAACAAGACAAUGAUGUCAAUGCUAUUCUUUCUGUGUUGAAAGACUUAAUCACACAGAAUAACACAGCUAGUGAAAAUAUCGAGACAAAAACACAGCCUCAGCUAUCAGAUAGCAGCGCAUCUGCAGAGGGGGUGAUUCAAAAGAAGAGAAACAAAAGCCAGUAUCUGUACAGACAACUGUGUCGCAUCGACAGUGAGUUGAGUCAGCUGGGUCCCUCAGGCUUCCCGAAACCACACAGCUACAAACAGGCGCUGCAGCAAGUCCAGAGCAUGAAGAAGUUGCUUGAAGAUCAACUCGUCGCAUCCAACAGAGGCGUUCCAGAUGAACCCACCAACAAAACUGUUUACAGGGCCAGUCCGUCAGACAGCACUGAUGGUGAUGGCGCUGAGAAAAAAAGGACGUGCUGUCACGGAGGUCUACCCUGGUGGUUUAUUUUUGUUGGCUGGCUGCUGGUGAUUGCAACCAGUGUUGUAUCAGGCUAUUUCACAAUGCUGUAUGGCUUGAAAUUUGGAAAACCGCGCUCCAUAAGUUGGUUGGUAUCCAUGGUUAUUUCCUUCUUUCAGAGUGUCCUCCUUAUUCAGCCGCUGAAGGUGCUUUGUUUUGCAAUCUUCUUUGCUCUUGUGAUUAAAAAAGUCGACGAGGAAGAUUUUCAAAAUGUUCAAUUUGAAAGAAACCAAAGAAAUAUCGGUGAACAAAUGUUCGUGCGCUAUGGCAGUGUUUAUGAGCCGCCGCCUCAUGCAGACGUAGAAAGAAUGAGGAGGAACAGGAUGCUGGAACAGAAAGCCUUUGCUCUAAUCAGGGAGAUACUGAUCUACAUGGGGUUCCUGUGGAUGCUGCUGCUGGUGGCACAUGGCCAGAGAGAUCCAAAUGCUUUUUACCUAAACACACACAUUACACAAAGCUUCUGUAGAAAAGCCCCAGCCACCAUGGCAAUUCAAGAUGUAUUCAACUGGGCCAGCACAUCUGUACUCAGUAACCUCUUUGGACAAUAUCCAGGAUUCAUCACUGAUGGAAACUCGAAGCUUCUGGGAAAUGCACGUCUUCGUCAAUUGAGAGUGAAGAAGAACUCGUGUCAGAUUGCAGGCCCCAUGCUAAAGAUGGUGCCAGACUGUAGCGCUCCAUAUUCAUGGGAAGCGGAGGACAUGGGCUCCUAUGGACCCGGCUGGAACACGUCUGUUGGAAAUAACAUCUCUGCAAGCAUUUCCAGUCCCUGGACGUACCAGACACACUCUCAACUCAGAGCUUAUCCCGUCUGGGGAGAAUUGGCGCUCUACAGAGGGGGAGGCUUUUCAGUGGAGCUCGGCCCAGAUUUACAAACUGCAACCAGCACCCUCGACUAUCUGUUCAACAAUAUGUGGUUCGACAUGUACACACGGGCCAUCUUUGUUGAGUUCACUGUUUAUAAUGCAAAUGUGAAUCUCCUCUGCAUUGUCACGCUUUUGCUGGAGUCCCCUGCUGUAGGAGCCUUUCAGUUAAACAGUGAAAUGCAGAGUGUUCAUCUCUACCUGCCAGGUGACGGCCUUCACAUCUGCAUUAUUACCACUGAGAUCAUUUAUAUGCUUUUCAUCCUCUAUUACAUGUUCAAUCAGGGGAAAUUAAUGAAGCAGCAGCGCUGGCUUUACUUCAAGAACAAAUGGAACCUUCUGGAGCUUUCUAUCAUCCUGCUGAGCUGGAGUGCCGUGGCCGCCUUUAUCCAGAAGACUCUGAUCGCGAACCGUGAUAUAGCAUACUACCAAAACCACAAAGACAAAUUUGUCAGUUUUUACCAGACAGGCACAUCAGAAUCACUUUUUCAGUAUCUGAUGGCUUUCCUGGUCCUGCUCGCCACUGUCAAACUGUGGCACCUGCUUAGACUUAACCCAAAGAUGAACAUGAUCACAGCUGCACUGCAGCGAGCCUGGACCAACAUAAGUGGUCUUCUUCUGAUCAUUGUGAUCAUGUUGCUGGCUUACUCCAUUGCAUGUAACGUGAUUUAUGGCUGGAAACUAUCCUCUUAUAAAACUUUCAUGGAUGCCCUCAUGACUCUCAUCGGUUUGCAGAUAGGCAUCUUUAACUAUGAUGAGGUCCUGUCCAGCAAUCCUGUGCUUGGUGGGUUACUCAUUGGUUCCUGUAUAGUUUUUGUGACAUUCGUGGUGCUCAAUCUCCUGCUGUCGGUGAUCCUCGUGGCAUUCAAUCAGGAGCAAAAAUACCACAAGCCUUCUGAAGAAGAGGAGAUUGUAGACCUGAUGCUGAUGAAAAUCUGCAGUCUUUUUGGCAUCAAACGUAAACAUGCAAAAGACACCCGGGAGUCCGACAUGAGCUUGGCCCAAAAUAACAACAGAAAUAUCUUCAACACUUCUUCUCCUGAUGCCAACAUUUUUCAGAUGUCUGACAAAUACGUAAACCCCUAAGGACGUACUGUACUUUUAUUCCAUGGCGUUUUCUCCCAUCCUUUGCUUUUUCCGUCUUGGCAGGUCAGAGCAUGCUGCACUGUUUUGUGAAUAUGUGUAAUAGCUUAUGAUAACACACAGAAAUACAUUAUUUGUUGAGAUAAAUAAGAUAUUUAGAGCAUGUUGGACUCAAUGUUGUUUUCUUUGGAACAAUGAUACUCAGGUUGCCAAAAACAUAAGAACUAUAUGGAUAUUUCAUACAUAUAUUGUAAGUAUAUAGUUUGUAUGUGUCUCGUAAUCAUAUAAUCAAUGUUUCAGCUUUAAAAUAAA